AUGUAUCUUGAAACUCAGUUCACAAACACGUGCUUGACUGAUUUCUCCUCAACCUUCGCCUAUUGCAACCACCUCAAAUCUCUUGCUGACCAAUUAUCUAAUGUCGGGGCUUCUGUUUCAGAUCAACGUCUUGUGCUCCGCUUGCUCGCUGGAUUAACCGAAGCCUAUGCUAGUUUUGUCACGGUUAUGCAACAGAAAGAUGAAUUGCCCAAUUUUGCCACAACAUGUUCUCGUUUAAAGAUGGAAGAGACCACAAUUAAGGAGCGAGCAACCCGUGAAUCUGGUUCCACUGCCCUCUUAAUCGUGGAUGAAGGCUUCUCUUCACAACCGCAACACCAUAACAACAACAUCACUUCAUCAUAG